AUGUGUUCCAUACUACGAGUUUCAGAACUAACAUACGCUAACGUGUAUUGGGCUCCUUCGUUAUACCUCGCAGUCGUCAUACUUGGAAUCCUGAAUCUGAUACAGUCGUAUUUGUUCUUAGUGGAAACAAAGGGUGUCAAUUUGGAUAGUGUGACCCUGGAUGAAACUCCAACAUCAGACGAGGCACUCAUGCUAGAGAACGAUUCAGCGAAGGAAUGA